AUGAUCUUAACUGGUUACCAUAGUUUACCAAAAAUCGAAAACUAUUGGUCUAAAGACGAAGACAAAGAAGUAAUUUUAGUAAGGAAAACAAUGUCAAGGAACAAAUUUAAAAAUAUAAAACAAAAUUUACAUUUAUCUGACAAUAAAAACCUUGAUUUGACCGAUAAAUUUGCUAAGGUACGACCUUUUUUCAAUAUAUUGAAUGAAAAGUUUUCUCAGUUCGGAAUAUUUUCUCAUAAUCUGUCGAUUGAUGAAGAAAUGGUGCCAUAUUUCGGUCGGCAUUCUUGUAAAAUGUUCAUUAAAGGGAAACCUGUUAGAUUUGGUUUCAAGUUGUGGUGCUUGACAUUUGAGAAUGGCUAUUUGUACAAAUUUUUACCUUAUGGUGGUGCUAGUACAAAAAGAGUGGACGGUUUACCUCUUGGUUCGGAGGUUGUUUUAGGUUUAUUGGAAAUAGUAGAUCAACCACAGCUUCAUAGAAUAUUCUUCGAUAACUUCUUUACAAGUUAUAAAUUACUGUUGAUGUUGAAAGAAAAACAUUUUUUUGCAACUGGGACAGUUCGGGAUAAUCGAACAGGAAAUUGCAAUUUGAAAUCAAUGAAACUAAUGGCUAAAGAACCCAAAGGCACUUUUGAUUUCACUUUCGACAGUGAGAAUGGAAUAGGUGCAGUUCGUUGGUGUGACAAUGCUGUUGUUACAAUGAUGUCUAACGUAGACACCAUAGAACCCAUACAUGCUGCUAAACGUUAUGAUAGGAAACUGAAAAAACCGAUAAGUGUACAACAGCCAAGUAUGAUUUAUAAUUAUAAUAAAAAUAUGGGUGGCGUAGACCUCCAUGAUAAUGGCAUUGCAAACUAUCGUAUAAAAAUACGGGGCAAAAAAUGGUGGUGGCCAUUAUUUAGCAAUGCAGUGGAUAGCACGAUAGUCAAUGCAUGGAAGUUUUACAACUUGGUAAAUAAAAAAAAAGUGCCACAGCUUGACUUCAGAUCAGAGUUAGUACUAUGUCUAUUAAAAGUUGAAACAAGCCUCAAAGACAAUGAUGAAGACGAGUCUCAACAUUCUACAACUAGCAACGUCAGUUUCGGUCGACCUUCAAAAAACAGUCUUCCAGAUGCCAUUAGAAAAGACGGAAUGGACCACAUUAUUAUCAAAGAUGAUGUUAGAAGAAGAUGUCGCCAUUGCUCUUCUCAAACAAUUUAUUCUUGCAGAAAAUGUUUAGUGUCUCUUCAUCCACACUGCUUUGCUAUAUUUCAUGAUAAAUAA